AUGUUUUUAUUUUUACUUUUCACUGUUUCUAUUUUUGGAUAUUAUUUAUGGAGUUGGACAUUUUGGAAAAGAAGAGGAAUAAAUGGACCAAUUGGUUGGCCUUUUCUUGGAUCAACUAAUGAAAUGUUAGCUGAUAAAUAUCCUCCAUUUUUAAAAUUAAGAGAUUGGACCAAAGUAAGUUUUGAAAUUUCUAAAAAAAAACUACAAUUUUAUAUUUUUCAAUAGAAAUAUGGAAGAGUUUAUGGAAUAACCGAAGGACCUUCAAAUACUUUAGUUAUUAGUGAUCCAAAUAUGAUUAAUGAUAUUUUUGUGAAACAAUUUGAUAAGUUUUACGGAAGAAAAUUGAAUCCAAUUCAAGGCGAUCCAAACAACGAUAAAUUUGCACAUGUAUUUCUAACUGAAGGUUAUCGAUGGAAAAGACUUCGAGAUAUUUCGAGUCCAACAUUUGCAAAUAUUAAUCUUCGAAAAUUGUUGCCUGUUAUUGAAUUAUCCGCUAGACAAUUUGUGGAUUUUCUUGAGAACCAAAAAGAGCCAGUUGAAAUUCUGAGAUUAUAUCAAGAAUUUUCAAUGGAUGUUAUCGGAAGAUUAACAAUGGGACAAGAUAGUUCACAAAUGUUUCAAAAUCCACUCCUUCCUGAUAUUCGAUAUUUUUUCGAACAUAAUCGAUGGCAAAUUUGGAUGAUUGCUACAGUAUUCCCACCAGCUGCAACUCUUCUUCGAUCUUUGUUUUUCUUUUUCUCAAUUUUCGGUGGUGGUCCAUUUGUAAAUGUUAUGAAAACAAUCGAAAAUGCAAUCAAAAAACGAAUUGAAACAAGAAAUCAAUAUGGAAUAAAUGAACCAAUCGAUUUUAUUGAUUUAUUUUUGGAUGCGAAAGUGGAUGAAAUUGAAACUGACAAGUUUGAUGAAUUUAAGAAAUCAAACACAAAAGUUGGGAAAAAAUUAACGAUUGAUGAAAUAAUUGGACAAUGUUUCGUCUUUCUUGUGGCUGGAUUUGAUACAACUGCUCUCACUCUCACUUAUAUUUCUUAUUUACUCGCAACAAAUCCAGACAAAAUGAGAAAAGUGCAAAAAGAAAUCAAUGAAAAUUGUAAAUCUUCAUCAAGUAUUUCGUUUGAUGAAUUAACUAAUUUGAAAUAUUUGGAUUGUGUUAUCAAAGAAACACUUCGACUUUAUCCACUUGCAACAUUGUGAGUUUAAAAGAUAAAAAUAAUAUAAUUUAUAAUUAAUUACAGAGCGAAUUCGAGAAAUUGUAUGAAAACAACUCAAGUUGGAGACUUUUUGAUUGAAAAAGGAACUGGAAUACAAAUUGAUACUUGGACACUUCAUCAUGAUCCACAAAUUUGGGGAGAAGAUGUUGAAGAAUUCAAACCCGAAAGGUAAAUAUUUUAUCUAGUGACUAAAUUGUGUUCCAAUUUUUUAUAUUUAUUUUUUCCAGAUUCAUUGAACCAAGUGUUGAUUUAAAAUCAUGUUAUCUACCAUUUGGUCUUGGGCCACGACAAUGUAUUGGAAUGAGAUUAGCAAAUACAACACUAAAACUUUUAUUGGCUCGAAUUCUAAUGAAAUUCGACUUUGAAACUUGUGAAAAAACAACUAUUCCGUUGAAUUUGAUUGGUAGAUCAACAACAGCUCCAGAUAAUCUUUAUUUGAAAUUAAGAUCUCAUUAA